AUGAGCGAGGCAAGCGGCUCUGCGUCGCCCUCUGGAGAUGCAGGAGCACGAGGAAUUCGACCAAAACGUGCGGUCCGACCGACUGCCAAGGCUCUCUUGGCGAGAGAGCAGUCGCCGGAUGGAUGGGAGCAUGGCGGAAGCAAGCGGUCGCAGCCAUCGCGGCCCAUCCGCACAUCAUCCGGUGCACGUCCGCAGAUCAAGCUCAAGAUGAAAGCUUCGGGAGGGGGCACCGCGGCUGGAGUAGGCCAGGGACCCAAGACGCAACCGUACAUGCAAGGGUACGAUCGCGAGCUGGACUCGGAAGACGACGAGACCGGGGAGGGCCUUGCCUUUGAGGAGCAGCUCAUCUUCCGCAUGCCGGAAGGUCCCGAAUGCGACAAGCUGCGCGAGUCGAUCCAGAAGCGUCAGCUGGGCGACGACGUCUGGUUCAAGUUCAAGGACUCGAGGCGCGCAGUUGUGCACGUCGGCGAAUCUCUCUUUUCGGCCAAGCUGGUCGAUCUGCCUACCAUCACAGAGUCGCAUAAGACGCUCGACAAUCGGCAAUUCUUCAAGGUCGCCGACAUUGCGCAGAUGCUCGUGGUCGAGGGCAAGAUCGCGGACGAGUCGCAAGCGUCGUCGAGCGGCGCUGGCAAAGGAUUCAACAUUGAAGAUUUUGUCUAUCCACACGGCAUCACGCCGCCCAUGCAAUGGGCACGAAAGCGUCGCUUCCGCAAGCGCGCUGCACGUCGGGCGAUCGAGACUGUGGAGAAAGAGGUGGAGCGCCUGCUCAAAGCGGACAAGAAGGCAGAAGAGGUCGAGUACGAAAUGAUCGACGCGGCCGACGAGGGCGGAUCGGACGAGGACGAUGCGCGCGGCCAAUCGCGUAGAGGCGUAUCGUCUCCUGGCGGGUCCCAGGCCGAGACGCCCAUGCCGGACGGCUCCGACGCUGGCUCGCAGGAUGAGGAAGGGGAUGACGGAGACGAUGACGAAGAUGGUCAAGGAGCACGACGCCGGGCUCACGCUGAAGAUGGAGGCGAGGGCGGCUACGAUGAUGCGGACCUCGAUGACGAGGAUGACGUGGACGAAGAUCUGGCGGCCGAGCUGGAUGCUGCGCUGGAAGAGGAGGACGACGAUGACGACGACGGCGAAUCGACGCGCGGGGCAGGGAGCGAGGCUCAGAGUCGUGCGAGCGACCAGGAAGACCUGUGGGAUGAUGAUGACGACGACGAUGCCGACGACGGCGGGGACGAGGAUGACGAUGAAGAGGACGAGAACGACGAGGAGAAGGAGCAGCGUGUUCGCGAGGCGCAGCUGGAGGCAGAGUGCAGGGAGCUCGAGACGCUGGUGCGCCGAAAGCAGAGCGACGUCGACGGCACCAUGAACCUGAUCAUCAAGAAUCGGCAUCAGCAGGCGUUGCGCAAGCUCACGACGGAGCGCGACUUGAAGCGGAACCAGCUGGCAGAAAUCAAGCAGUCGCGCAAGGAGCGAAAGGAGGCGAAUCUGGCCGCCGCAGCUGCAGAGGAAGCCGCGCACGAGGCUGCUGCUUCGUCGAGUGGGGCCGCCGCCGAGCAUCGCGAAGACCAGGACGAACAUCACUCUCCCGAACGACCGCAUGAAGAUGUGCAGCGACAGCAGCCGGUCACGGCGUCGUCGUCUGGGCCAAUGUCCGCAGCCAUCGCCGCGAAGGAAUCGCAAGGUUCUGCUCCGAAUGGCGGAAUGCCCCCUCCCGCUUUACCCGCCAGUCGCAACCGUCCGCAGUCCUCCGCAUCUGCGGCUCAGCCGGCAGGCGGAUCAGCACCAGACCAAUCAAGUAUACCCAAUGACGAUGGUGAUGGCGACGGCGACGGCGAUGGAGACCUCUGGGAUGACGAAGACGAGGAGGAGGAGGACAACGGGAACUGA